CUGUUAAGCUCAGCUAAACACUCUUCACAAUACAAAUCCCUGUGCACAGCAAGUCAGCAUGUUUGCCCGCUCGGAGCUUUGCAGGCUGGAGACUGUAGUCCCGUUCAGUCAAGAGCCACCAGCCCGGGUGAUUACACAAACGUGGACAAGAACCACAUAGCCCAGCAUGACUCUCCACACCUGCUUAUGUAUCCAGUGGUCACUGGGCGAACUGAAACGGUGACCAAUCGGAUGGGUUGGUGAUCUUUUCACUCUAACAUUUAAAUGCCUCAAAAACUCUUUAUCAGCAUUUAUCUUGUGAUUUAGUUUAGUGGAAUAGUUUUGGAUUGACUGCAACUGCUGGUGUUGGAUCAAGAAUCAUCUGUGUGGGAUUUCUGAUUUUCUCAGCACACAGAACUGCUGCUGGACAUGCAUCCGGGCGUGCGGGUCUGUGUGCCCACUGUGGCCCUGCUGGGCAUGUUUUGCCGAGGUUGCCUGAGCAGGGCGCAGAGUUUGCCCCGUCGCAGCUUCAGCACUUUGCACAAGCGAAUGAGCAGGUGGAACAGUCAGGAGACCAGCGGCCCGCUACCUUCUCAGGAACACCCUCGUGUCCUCAUCACAGGUGGCCUUGGGCAGUUAGGUGUGGGGCUUGCACAAUCACUGAGAAAACUGUAUGGACGAGAGAACGUCAUCCUGUCAGACAUCAAGAAGCCUCCACCUCAUGUUUUCACCAGUGGUAUGCAAAAUAUAAAUACGGUUUUAUGGCGUUUUGUGUCCUGUUUUCCUUUGUUAAUACUUUUAAAUGCUCUUCCCUCUCUUUUCCCAUCAGGUCCAUUCGUAUACGCUGAUGUGUUGGACUACAAGCACCUUAGAGAAAUUAUUGUAAAUAAUCGAAUCACUUGGCUCAUCCACUACAGUGCUUUGCUCAGUGCUGUGGGCGAGGCUAAUGUGGCUUUGGCACGCAAGAUCAACAUCACAGGCCUUCAUAACGUGCUGGACUUGGCACUGGAGAACUGCCUGCGCCUCUUUGUCCCCAGCACCAUCGGAGCGUUUGGCCCCUCUUCUCCACGUGACCCGGCCCCAGACCUCUGUAUCCAAAGACCUCGAACCAUUUACGGCGUGUCCAAAGUGCAUGGGGAGCUGAUGGGAGAGUAUCUCCAUCAUAAAUAUGGCCUGGACUUCCGCUGCCUACGUUACCCAGGUGUGAUAUCAGUCAACAGUCCUCCUGGAGGAGGAACCACAGACUAUGCAGUUCAAAUCUUCCACGAUGCUCUCAGCACGGGUCACCACGAGUGCUACUUGCGACCUGACACUCGUCUACCCAUGAUGCACAUCUCUGACUGCCACCGUGCCACAGUGGAGUUCAUGCAGGCUCCGGGGUGCCAGCUGUCCCUGCGUACCUACAACAUAGCUGCCAUGAGUUUCACUCCGGAAGAGGUGGCCCAAGAAAUACGCAAGCAUCUCCCCCACCUCAAGGUCACCUACAACCCCGAUUCUGUCCGCCAGACCAUCGCAGACAGCUGGCCGGUAAGGUUUGAUGACACCAACGCUCGCAGAGACUGGGGCUGGGCACCAGCCUUCGGGCUUGAAGAGCUGGUGUCCGACAUGUUGCACUUCAUUCGAGACAAGAGGACCAAUAAGGGUUUGCCAGUCAGCUAGCAAACCCUGCUCCACAGAGACUGACCAAUGCCUACCCCUACACGAACAAUACACUAUCUCUCACUUCACUUUUCAGAAAGUUGUCAACCACCUAUCCUGUGUUUCUCUGGAGCAUUACAGCAAUGAGCCACGGCCUGUUUGUAAGGUGGGAAUUCAUAGUCAGAAGCCCUCAGAAAACAGUGGACAGUGAGAUUUCCCACGCAUGCACACACUGACACACAUCUCAGUCUUUUUCAGGGAACAAUAUGCUGUCAAACCUUCUCUCCAUCUUUGUUGUUUUUAAUUGUGAUUGUGGUACCAGCAUCACUCAGAUGCCAAAGAAAAUCAUUCGUUUCGUAAGCUUCAGAGAUUUCCAAAUAUCAUACAAAUCACGUGCAUGGACUCAACAGUCUGUUAAAUGUCUGUUACAAUGUCUAAUACAAUAUGGACCAGUUGCACAUUGAAAGUAUCAAACCUGUUGUACACUUUGGUUCCACGAUCAUCUGGAAUGGCUGGCUCAGUUAGCUCUGGACUGUAAUGACACAUCAUGUAUUCUGGCUGUUUUAUAAUAUCAAGUGAAAAUCACACACUGGACACAAACCCACUACCCUUGCUGUGGCAUCGAACAGGAAGCCUUUAGUUUACUUUCUUCUGGCCAGCAGUGUGAUUUUGGUUAUGAAUAUGCACCAAUAAGAAGCCUUAUUGACUGUAGAUUACUUUUGGAAAACUGUCUAAAAAUGCAGUGUUGUUUGAAUCAGACUUUGAAUAAUAAAAAAUGUAAUUUACCUAAA